AUGCCUUCUGCCAAACUCCGGCAAAUGUAUGCACACCUCAACACCACUUGGUGCAUGAAGAUUGAGUGGGAACUGUUCCAGCAUCCCAUGACCUUCAAAGAGGCCGAGCAAGUCUGGUUGGUUGCUCAGUGCAAGAGGCAUAAAGCCGUGAAGGCACAACUUGCAGAAGCCAGCAAGCCAGAUGCAACAGCUGUUGUGUCUGAUGUGCCCAUGGCAAGCCUGUUUAUGGACCGCCAGGUGGCCCAGAUGCAUGUUGGAGUGCUGAGGGCAAAUGCAGGAUUCAGACCAAGCACAGCAUUCCCUGUGGCACAAGCAAGUACCUCCCAACCUAACAUCAUGCCGGCAGCAGCAUUCCAUGACUAUCUGGGAUAUACACCUGGUGCAGAGUCACUUCCCAUCCCUUCGAAGCUAGGGGCCAACAUGACAACCAAGUCAAUGGCUGCUUCUCUCCCAUCUGAGAAGCUGCUUACAGCCCUGGACUUGCAUGCCAACCCAGCAUUUGUCAAGAAGUAUGCUGAGCCUUACUGGACUGUGAUGAAGGAGCACAAGAGGUCCACCAGUCUUUUGCGUGAACUGGAGGAGGUCCUGCUACCCAUAUUGGGAAGUCUUGCAAAGCAGUUGGCUGCAGCACAGUGCCCCACUGAUGUGGUUGGUUUUCCCAGCACUUUGCUGGGAAAAGAGGCUGCUGAAGACUGGCAGAAGGCCAAGGAGAAGAUGGAGAGGGAGAUGGAGAAGCUGGAGAAGCAGAGGGAAAAAGAGCAAGCAAUGUGGGAUGCUGCUUUGGCCACAGGCGAGGGGGGUGUAUACAUGCAGACUAGCACAGGCACACCAUUCUAUGUUUGA